UUUUUUUUCUCGUAACAGUUCUGUGGAAGACAGCUGUCCUUGAAAACAUGGUGGCUACGGGAUAGUGUAGUAGUUGAUAAUUUAGUUCUCGUUUGGCUGUUAGAUGCAGUAUAUGUAUUUGUAUAAAUAUUUUUUUGGAGCCGUAUGUUGUUUUCUUCACCGAAACGAAAGCCACUCAUACAUAAAUGGAAGCUCUACCAAAAGCUGACCCGGUGCGGGGACUUUAGCUAAGGAGGUGAUAAAGAACUGGAUCUUGACCCACUUUGACAGAGCUCCAGAAGGACGGCUUUCUCUGCAGUGAUCUGCUGACCAGGACUGGAUAGUAAAGAGGCUCAGAUUUGAGGCUGCAAUUGCUGUCAAUUGUGCAUCAACAAAGUAUUGAGCAAAAGCUACACAGAGGUCAGAAGCUCACUGAAGAAAGCCAACACAAGAUGGCAUCUGGCUUCCUCAAGUAUGUCGUGCUUCUUCAGAAGUACCGAACCCCACUGCUGAUUGCAAGCUGCGGUGGCGUCUUUGCAGCCAACAUGUUCUACCACGUCUUCCCUGACAUGUCCUACCGCCAGCUCUACCAGGCCUGGUCCAAAGGGGAGCCGGUCAUAUUGUCUGAGAAACUAGUGGAGCUUUUCCAACAGGUGUUGAAGGACUACGGUAUCAGCUCACCCAAGACAUUCUCUGCCUUCGCCUCCUUUGGUUUCCACCCAGUUGGCGCUGGUGUCCCAUGGCUCCCUGCAGGGGCCCACAUUGGCAUCCCCGCAAACUUCAACAGCACGGUCGAUGACCAUAGCGGUAUCACAAACCGGACCAUUUUCAUCAACGGCAAAACCGUGGAGUGGGACAGUGAAACUGGCACGUCCCUCAAGGAGUCGCUGGUGUUUUCCCGAGAUGCACAGAAAUUUGCCAUAGCACGAGAGGUGGCCCGUCUGCAGUCCGGAGCGCCUGUCAUGAGUGCCGCUGUUGCUCCCUUCUGCCUGGGUGGAGUUUGGGUGUACAGCGUGGUGCUGAAACAAGUAUUUGGGCUCCAUGCCGGCCCCGCGUUGUUGCGUGGAGCUGUGAACGUUGUCGCGCUGGGGCUCGGUGCCGUGUCGUACUUCCUCACCUCGGAUGCCGUCACCAAGUGGACUGAUUACAGCUCAGACCAGCGUGCAGCUGGAGUGUCGUGCGAUUACGCCCGGGGCGGGGUGGAGUUUUAUGAUAAGAUUCUGUCCAGAAACAAGACACUACGCUCACUUAUGGGAAAGAAAGGAGAGGAGAUGUACGCACCCAGUGGGAACUUAUUUCCCGCUCACCUCCUUCAGCUCAAACACACACCGUACACCUCCAGGAAGGAGGGGAUCCUCACGCUGCUGAAAAAGGAGAACAUCUAGACAUCCAGACCAUCAGUCCUCAUCUUAGGUGAUUAACAUGAGGCUUUAAAUCAGGGGUGCUCAUGACGGUAGUUUAGGUUGAUUGUUUAAACGUCACUUUGUAAGUGUCAUAUGAAAUCAGUCCGCCGACAUUAAGCUCCCCUCCUCAUUCGCUAUUGUUCCCUGCGGCAACGAUUAAUGGUAAACGGAUGUCACAAGCUACACAUGGAAAUGCAACUUUCAUCUAUAUUAUUCUGAUUAUGGAUAAUCAAACUCAGUGGUAAUGACAAAAGUCAUCUGUUCUUUUGUAGCGGCUCGUCGUUACUAUGUUGAAUAAAAGUUGUGAGUUUGAUUUGCUUCACGUCCCGAACUCCACUAUACCGAUAUGCGUGUUUCUACUCUUCCGUUUCAGAAAGUACUAUUUCAUGAUUCAUUGGGAAAUGUGUCUAUUGUAUAUUGAUUAGCGGUACUCAGGUUAUGUACACAACUAUUGAGGAAUUAAUUAUCUUUAUCGCCAUAUUGAAUUCAAUUGGGAAUUACUGAACGAUACCAUCGACUUUCAUUUCCUGUAAACUGUGAAUGUAAAAUACUAAAGUAUUUGGUAUAGUCGUUUCAAAGUUUAUGGGUUACAUUUUAUUUAUGUACAUGUUGUAUGCUUUAAGAGAGAGAUUAUGUUGACUUUUAACUAACCCCUAAUUUACAAAAUACCUAAAUAAUCCUAUUUAUAAAUACAGUAAAUAUUUUUCUAGAUUUAUAGUCGGAGGUGGAUCCUUGGGAUGGGGUCAUUUUAAAAAGUAGCUCGGAGACUGAAGUGUGAGCACCCCUGCUUUAAGUGGUGUCAAUGGGUCAAUAAAACCAGACUUGAGAUCAAUCAUUUUCACCGUGAUUUUUGAUUUCUCAUUAGUCACCCGCUUUGAAAGCUAAAGUGACCAUGUUUCUAUACAUGUUUCUAAACAUUUCACCACCUUCCUAAGGAUGGGGGGGGACCUAGUCAUCAAUCAAAGUAAAGUAAUCCCUAGCCACAUCAUGCUUUGAAUUUCAUGGCUUCAAGUGUGAAAAAAAUGAAGUAAUUAAUAAAUCUUGAAUACGGCAUAUUUGUUUUUAAA